GCCGGACCUCCCACGGGCUCGGGGGUGCACGGUGGGCCCCGGCGUGUUUGUGGGGGCUGCGCCCCUGGCUUAUCUCAGCGUGGGCCCACCGUCUGUUCCUCCGCCCAGCGUCCAGGCUCAGGAAGCUGGGGGCGGGGGGUGACAAGGCAGGAAACACACGGCCACAGCCCACAGCCACCUCAGCCUGACCCCAGCAGCAUGCAGGGGCUGCCGCUGUGGUCCCUGGUCCUGGGGCUCAGUCUAGCAGGCAGCACCCAGACCCCCAGCAUCUACGAUGAGGGGGAGAGCCCGGGAGGAGAAAGCACGCUGGCGCCCUUGGCCGAGACCAAGGAGGUGAAGUCCCCUAUCCAGCCGCGUGGCUUCCCAGGCAAGUUCUGUGCCAAUGACAGCGACACACUGGACAUCCCGGGCAGCUCCCGGGUGCUGCUGCAGGACUGGGUGUCCGCGAGGCUGGUGCCCGCCAUCUACGGGCUGGUGGUGGCCGUGGGGCUGCCGGCCAACGGGCUGGCGCUGUGGGUGCUGGCCACGCGGGUGUCGCGGCUGCCCUCCACGGUGCUGCUCAUGAACCUGGCGGCCGCCGACCUGCUGCUGGCCCUCGUCGUGCCCCCGCGCCUCGCCUACCACCUGCGGGACCGGCACUGGCCUUUCGGGGACGCGGCCUGCCGCGCGGCCACCGCCGCCCUGUACGGCCACAUGUACGGCUCGCAGCUGCUGCUGGCCGCCAUCAGCGUGGACCGCUACCUGGCGCUGGUGCACCCGCUGCGGGCGCGGGCACUGCGCGGCCGGCGUCUGACCGCCGGGCUGUGUGUCACAGCCUGGCUUAUGGCCGUCACCUUGGCCUUGCCCUUGACCUUGAAGCGACAGAGCUUCCGGCUGGCAGGCUCAGAGAACACGCUCUGCCAUGACGCCCUGCCCCACGACACCCAGGUGUCCUACUGGCGGCCGGUCUUCCUCUGCCUGGCCGGGCUCGGCUGCUUCCUGCCGCUGCUGGCCAUGGCCCUGUGUUAUGGGGUCACCCUGUGCUCGCUGGCGGCCGGUGGCCAGCGCUACGGCCACGCGCAGAGGCUGACCGCCCUGGUGCUGGCCUCGGCCACCGUGUUCUUUGUGCCCAGCAAUGUGAUACUGGUGCUGCAUUACUCGGACCCAAGGCCGGAGGCCUGGGGUGACCUCUACGCCAUCUAUGUCCUCAGCCUGGCGCUCAGCACCCUCAACAGCUGCGUAGACCCUUUUGUGUACUUCUACGUGUCGGCCGAGUUCAGGGACAAGGUGCGGACAGCACUCUUGCGCCAGUCACCGGUGGGCACCACGGCCUCCAAGGCCUCUGGGGAGGCCGGCAGCCCGGGGACACGCACGCAGUCUUCACUUCUCUGACAGCGCCUUGCAGGGGUGGCCGCAGGGGGCAGGGGUUGCACUGGCUUCCGCAGGGUCUCCCCCAAAACUCGCUCCUUCCCAGGACCCCGGAAGGUGACCUUAUUUGGCCACCGUCAUGGGUUAAGAUGAGGUCUCACCGGAAUAGAAGGGCCCUAGAGCCAGCGGCUGGUGUCCUUAGAUGAGGACGAGCAGACGCAGGGUCAGGGACAUGGCCCUGUGAAGACGGAGGCAGAGACUGAAGUGAUGUGGCCACAAGCCAAGGGACGGCAGGAGCCAACGGAAGCCAGGGACACAGCUCCCUCGGGGCCUCUGGAAGGCCCCAGCCCCGCUCGCGCCUUCGUCUCAGACCUCAGCCUUGCGGAGCGUGGCGACCAUAAAGUUCUGUUC